AUGGUGACCAGGAAGGGGUUGCUGUCUUUGCUGCGGAAGCUGAAAUCAACCCCAGACCGUGAACUACGAAUCCUGCUGCUCGGGCUGGACAAUGCGGGCAAGACGACCAUUCUCAAGAAGCUCGCCUCGGAAGAUAUCGCCCAUAUUACGCCCACUCAGGGCUUCAACAUCAAAAGUGUGCAAGCGGAUGGUUUCAAGCUCAACGUAUGGGAUAUAGGAGGUCAGCGAAAAAUAAGACCCUACUGGCAGAACUACUUUGAAAAUACGGACGUUUUGCUGUACGUGAUUGACAGCUCGGACCGGAAACGCUUUGAAGAGACCGGGGUGGAACUAGCGGAACUCUUAGUAGAAGACAAACUGUAUGGUGUGCCUCUCUUGGUAUUUGCCAACAAGCAAGACCUUUUCAACAGCGCGCCCGCAGGUGAACUAGCCCAGGGACUUAAUCUGCCGGCUAUCAAAGACCGUGUGUGGCAGAUUCAAGCCUGUAGCGCACUUUCGGGGGAAGGGCUCAAGGAUGGACUGGAAUGGGUGUGCAAAACUAUAAAGAGGAAAUAGAAGAAAUCUCUUUAGGAAUGACAACGAAGACAAUUUUUCACUGUAACAAACAACCUCCU